ACAGAUGAUGCGGGAGCGAAGGUCAUUUCGAUUUUUAUAGUGAAAAAUCGUGGGUGCAAGAAAGCAGAAACGCUACUAAACACAAACAACUGUUAAAACAUUCUGACACUCGGAACAUUCUGACGCUCGGAACCGGUUGCAGGACUGAGAAAAAAUUGGUUUUUGCGGGUUGAUGCAAUAGCUCACUUUGUUGCCGCGGAGUUUUGCAAUAGGAAAAACGUAGUUAAUCCAGAGAGCGGUUGUCGUCCAUAGGAGACAUGUUGAACGGUCUGUGGAAAAAUCCUCCAAUUGGUGAGAGAGAUUUCAUGCAAGUGAUCCAGCGGCUUUUGGGUGGUGAUGCUCCGCCGAACAAGGUGCAAGAGGUCAAGAAUGAGUCUUACGCGAAUCUGCAGGUGUUGCAGCGCAACGAAUCAAUGCGGCUGUUUGCACCGAAUCCGAAUGCACCGGACAGAAAGCCGGUGUACGAAAUUGUACUCGAACGGCCACACUCGGAGACGAUCAAUACUUCCUAUAGCUUAUAUCGUGCUCCAACGCAAGCGGCAGCGGAAGAAAAGUUCGAAGCUUUCCAUCAACGAUUACCUGAGUUGGUGAAAAUAGUGCGGGAGAUGUACAACAUUAAUGGCUUGCAAAAGAUUUGCGACAUAUUGAUCGAAAACCCUUCCUGGUCGUUGGCGCACAUAAUGGCACACUUCAAUUUGACCGAAUACAUCCCGAACCCCAGUAUAGUGGAUUUUCUCGAUUAUGCCGAGUACUCGGAAAUGAUGACCCCGCUGCAGGUGGCGGUAAAGGCGAACAACUUGGAGUUUGUCAAAUCACUGGUCAGCAUGUGCAACGUGGAGCAUCUCGACAAAAACAGCAACUCAGUGUUUCACUAUGCUGCCAGCACUACCAAAGAAAUGAUAAAUUUGUUAACGGCUAAAAGUACCUUAAAUCUCAACCACUGUAACGCCGAUGGCUACACACCUCUGCACCUGUCCUGUUUAGCUGACAAACCAGACUGCGUGAAGGCGCUCCUUCUGGCUGGGGCCGAUACGAAUAAAAUGGCUCGCUGUGCCGGCAAUUCGCACAGCAAGUCAAUUCCAUCGAAACCCUCCUCUUCAGGUAACGUGGCCGACUUUCUGGCAAGCAACCCGAACAAGCUCUUUACACAGGACAUGAAGCACGGUGGCACUCCUCUGCAUUGGAGCUCCAGUCGAGAGGUGUUAAAUUCAUUAAUAGAGCGUGGAUGUGACGCGAAUCUGGUCAACUUUAAUGGCCAGACGCCGCUUCACGUAAUGGUGGCCCGCGAUCGUUUGGAGUGUGUAGUUGCACUUUUGGCCCACGAAGCAGAGAUCGAUGUGGUAGAUAACAGUGGCAACACACCGCUGCACAUCGCAGUAGAAAAGAAGCUGAUGCCGAUUGUCCAAUGUUUGGUGGUGUUUGGCGCCGACAUUAACAAACCAAAUAAGGACGGCAAAACCCCCCGCCACAUGGUCGGAAGAGACGAUAACGGCUCUAAGGACGCAAUGAUACUGUACAUUCUCCACUCCGUUGGUGCUAAACGUUGCCCGGCCGACAAAGCUACCAAAUGUCCGCCAGGAUGUUCGACGGGUGGUGCCUACAACGGAGUUCCACCGGCUGAACCGGAAACGAGUGAACAACGCGAACACAUACAACAAGUAGUAAACAUACAUGCCAGUACGAUAACGAAACCGCACCGGAACAGUGUGCCGAGUUUGGUGUCGAACGCCUUUCGACAAGCGAUUCACGAGGAACGACCUGUCCCUGAGCCGGUGAAGACCAUUGACGUUAGCCAGGAACGGAAGGGAGCGAGCAUGAUGGAUGCGAUUCUGUCGAUGUUCAUGAGUAAGGUGGACAGCGUGUCGAAACCUACGUCACCAACGUCUGCCUCGUCGUCAUUGAAGGGUGGCAAUCUUCUGGGAGAUUUCGAUGUUGGGGAUGAACCCAUGCUGACGGACGAGGUAGGAGAAACAACUGUUGCUGCGUCGAAAGCAUCGAGCACUGAAACUGGAAAGGCGCAACAACGGUCACGCACCCCAUGUGAAGCUGGUUCGUCUAGUGGCAACGAAAACAGUGCAUCAUACGUCGGUCGAGGUCGUCUGCUGUGUUUGGAUGGUGGCGGAAUUCGUGGCCUAGUGUUGGCACAGAUGCUGCUAGAAAUCGAACAGCUCUCGCAGACACCAAUUAGCCAUCUGUUCGAUUGGAUUGCUGGCACCAGCACUGGUGGCAUUCUGGCGCUUGCCGUCGGUUGUGGCAAAACAAUGAAACAGUGCAUGUGUUUGUACCUAAGAAUGAAAGAUCAAGCGUUCGUGGGUUCACGACCGUAUCCUAGCGAUCAGCUUGAAAGCGUUUUAAAGGAACAAUUAGGCGAGUUCACCGUCAUGACGGACAUCAAGCAUCCGCGCUUAAUGGUGACAGGCGUGAUGGCUGAUCGGAAACCGGUCAAUUUACAUCUGUUCCGCAAUUAUGAAUGUGCCAGCGACAUCAUGGGCAUUGUGACGCCUUCCAACAAUCGUUGCACUCCACCACCACCACCUUGCGAUCAAUUAGUUUGGCGUGCGGCACGGGCUACCGGGGCCGCACCGUCGUACUUUCGGGCUUUUGGGCGCUUCCUGGACGGCGGGUUGAUUGCGAACAAUCCUACGUUGGAUGCGAUGACAGAGAUACACGAACUUAAUGCUGCUCUUCAUUACACGGGCCGUUCCGCCGAAGCCGUGCCCGUUUCAGUGGUGGUUUCACUGGGUACCGGUUUGACACCGGUUGUGGACUUAAAGGAAAUUGAUGUGUAUCGUCCGGGUGGUAUUUGGGACACGGCAAAGGUGGCGUACGGGAUUUCCACCAUCAGUACUCUUCUGGUUGACCAGGCAACUGCUUCCGACGGGCGCGUGGUGGAUCGAGCCCGUGCCUGGUGCAGCAUGAUCGGAGUACCGUACUUCCGUUUCAAUCCGCAGAUGUCGGUGGACAUUGCAAUGGAUGAAAAAAUUGACGAACCCCUUAUCAAUAUGCUGUGGGAAGCGAAGGCAUAUAUGCACAGCAAUCGCAAACAGGUUAUUGAACUGAUAAACUUAUUGAAAUAGGUGUAGCAUCAACCAAGGCAAAUGAACUGAUCCACCUUUAGCACUACAACCACCACCUACAAACAGAGCCCACCAGAAAUCCAGAUAAAGAGCGGACAGUUUUUUAAGGUGUUUCACAGGCUUAUCACACACACGCACUUGUACACCUCAUCGUAGUUCAUCGACUGCCUAUAAUCGUACUGAAAUUGUUGACAAUAUCCUUAGCAAACGAAGUCGUGAGCGAAGUCGAUUAGUCGCACAAGGUGUGAGCGAUCAUUGUGGUGUUCGUUAAGGGACUGUAGCAUCGAAUAGCCGCUAGUGGACAGUCGGUAUUAAGGACAUAAGGGUUCUCCCGCGAACAGAUGCUCUUGUUUUACAUAGUGUUGAUAAACUACUAUACAAGGAACAAUUUGCUCCCUUGUCGAUGACGGUGUCCAAAGCAGAAGUGGUUUAAAUAAUUAUUAUGUUGGUAAAAAACGAACCAUAGAUCUUAAUGGAAUCUGUGUUCUGUAUUCGUUUUAGAAGUCACUUCUGCCUGAUGGUUGCAUGAAGGACAGCAGCGAUUUUUUUAUUGCCCGUGAUGACAUAACAAAUCCUCUGCAAAACUGCUACAUGAAUUAUCAGGAAAUUGCAGGAAAUUGUAGUUCAAUUUUUCAUCACUACUCCUCAUUAGCUUCUUCGAAUUUGCAAGUACCGCACGCCCUACAGUGGUUUCAAUCAAUAUGUAAUUUUUAUCUUGAUUUGAAGUAAAACUUCUUAACAGACGGUCGCACCAAAUAUUAGUCUCAAGUAAUCUUACGAUAAAUUAAAAUAUCCAUUAACCAGUAAGUGAGGGUUAAGGUCAAGGGUUGUUUAUGGGAAAUUCGAAUGUUAUUGCUACGAAAUGCUACGAAGACGCUAAGUUCUCUUGUAAAUGUUGCGAUAUAGUUAA